UUCAGGGGCAGGAGGGAAUCAUGGUUUCCUCACUGUGGGGUCACCAGCUCUUUCCACUUUGCCUGACACAUUGUGGGGAGUUAUACCUAUCUGAUGAAUAAAUGAAUGAGAAACGAAAGAUCAAACUGUGUUUGGGACUCUUGCAGGUAGCAUGCGAGGACGGAGGAUGGUAAAAGACGAAGAAAAUGCCUAUGGUUCCGAGGACGACCCGCAGGAGCCCAGGCUCAGGCUCAUCCUGGCCGGGAGGACGGCCGGCAAGAGCGCCACGGGCAACAGCAUCCUGGGCCAGCGGCGCUUCCUUUCGAGGCUCAGCGCCGCGCAGGUGACCACCACCUGCGCUGUGGGCAGCUGCCGCUGGGCCGGCUGGCACCUGGACGUCAUCGACACCCCGGACCUGUUCGGCGCCGAAGACGCCAGGACAGAGCCGGGCUGCGGCGAGAGGGGCCGCUGCUACCUGCUCUCGGCGCCCGGGCCGCACGCCCUGCUCCUCGUCAGCCAGCUGGGCCGCUUCACCGCCCAGGACCAGCAGGCCGCGCGCCGGCUCAAGGCCAUGUUCGGCGAGGGCGCGGUGGCUCGCACAGUCCUGCUCUUCACGCACAAGGAGGACCUGGCCGGGACCUCGCUGCAGGACUACGUGCGCUGCACCGACAACCGCGCGCUGCGGGAACUGGUGGCCGAGUGCGGCGGCCGCGUCUGCGCCUUCGACAACCGCGCCAGCGGCACGGAGCGGGAGGCCCAGGUGGCCGAGCUCAUGGCGCUGCUGGAGCGGCUGGUGCGCGCGCACGGGGGCGCGCCCUACACCAACGACGUGUACGGCCUGGCGCGCGCCCUGGGCUGCGCGCGCCCCGAGGAGCUGCUGCGCAGGGUGGCGGAGAGUGUGGCGGCCCGAGUGCAGAGGCGACGGGGACGCGGGCUGCUGGCGGCGCUGUGGGGGCGCCGGAAGGCGCCGUGGAGCCGCGUGAGGCUGGUCGUGGCCGCGCUGCUGGGGGCCCUGGGCCUGCUCUUCCUGCUGCUCGCCAGGCGCCGGGCGGACGCCUUGCGGGAGGUCGACCCGGGCUGACAGACCUUAUAGAGGCCUUGACCCAUCCACUGAUGAGCACAUUCGUGCCUGGUGUUCUGUGCCUUCAGUGCUCACAGGCCCUCCUUCCUUCCCCCACCUCGCCCUCAUCUAACAGCUUCAGAGUCCUGCCAGGUCCCAUGUCCCUCCCCAGACCGUCGCAUGGGACCUGGCUCUCUCUGAGCUCUCCUCUCACUGAAGACAAACAGCUCUUGUUGCUUUAGCUUACUUCGCCCUGACCCCAGGCUGCCCUUCCCUUCAUGGAAUUGGCUUUGCUCUGAAAGCAGAUGAGGAACGCUUGUCCUCUCAUCCCCUGGAGUCCCCACAGGACCAGGGCGAGAGCCAACACAGAGCCUCAGGACAAAUCGCUUAUUCGAAUUGACUCUGAACUGAAUAAAUAAGUGUACCGACAUCACGUUGUGUCAGAGGAAAUCAGUAUUUGUAGAUGUUUGCUCAUCUGCCUCAUAUGCCCAUUGAACAAGGACACUACUCUGCCGUCCCUAACCCUAUCUGCAAAAUCCAUGCACCCCAGUGCAGACGCACACCGCACACACCUUCGGGUGUGUGAUCCUAAGAAGUCAGCAGCUUGGAGUAGAACCGCCCGUCUGUACCGGUGGCAGAAUGAUUCCCGGUGCGUCCUCCUUCAGACUCCUCAGCAGCUUGAUGGCAGACGAUUCCACAAGUCCGAGGAAACUACGUGUGACUAGAGACUCGAUUGCCCAGGAGCCACUGAGACCCUGCAGAGAGUCUGCUUCUGAAGCGGAGUUUUCUCACUAGCCUACACUCUC